AUGGCUGAAACCAGGAGGUGCCCAUGUGACAGCAUGGACAUGCACGGGUUCCAUGCUCGAUUCAGCUUCAUUGUUAAAGUGUGUUGUGUCGCUGCAGAUUCCUUUCAGCGUUUGGCACUUGAUGGUGGCUCUUUCUCUGCCCUUGCUGAAGCUAUGGCAGUGUGCUGGUCGUUUGCAAAAAGUGGGACUUCCUUUUUGUGCAUGCUGGUGUGCCUAAGGACAGUCGCACAUGGGUUGAAUGGUGCCUGUGGACACUCCAAAGAUGGCAGCCAAGACGACACCACCACCUUGUUCAAUGCACAUGCAGAGCUGCAGGACAAAUCUGCGGCCACAGCUGAGUGUCUUUCCAGGGGAGGUCAUGAAGCACACCCUGGGCGUUUCUCCUACGUUGUCAGCCUCAGGCCAACCUUUGAGGGGCGAUCUCACAUUUGUGGUGGUGUCCUUGUCCAUCCCCAUUUUGUGCUGACAGCAGCACACUGUGAGGUUGACAUUGGGUGCAAUCCCUAUGUCCAGAUUGGGGGCCAUUAUGUCAAUGAUGAUAACAGAAACGAUGGAGCACAGGUCACAAGGGCAGACAAAUUGAUAUUGCACCCUCGGUGGAAUGGUAGAUUCCAAGAUGGGUUUGACAUUGCACUGGUGGUGCUUCCCAAGGCAGCCACAAAUGCGGUGCCAAUUUCAUUGCCACAUGGACAAUUAACGAUCCAGCCAAACUUGCCAGUUGUUGCCCUGGGAUGGGGUCUGCACUUUGAGUUGCAUGGUCCUACUGGGAGAUGGGAGCAGACUUCAAACAAUGCUCUCCAAGCAAUCACGAUGACAAUUGUGGACAUCAACGUCUGUCCACUGAGGCUUGAGGAGAGCGCUCCGCCACAUGUGUUGUGCACUUAUGAUGAUAUCCGUUGCCCUUGCAAAGGAACCUUUCAUGCUGUGGGCAUACAUUCUAUUGGCACUGACAGGUGGUGUUGUCAGCUUGAUCGUUUACAAAAUCUGUGCUGGGACCCCACGCAGACCAAAGAGCCACAGUGCAUGGUUGGAAGCUGGUGGCGUGCCAUCCAUACCAGAGUACUAUGUACAAAGGAUGGAUGA